AACUCAUGCAUCGUUCACAAACAAUAAAUCUCCAAUACACAAGAAGGUUUCUCAGUCAGCUAGAGAAAUGGCUUUCGCGCUCAAUGCGUCUUGCUACCCUUCGUCUUUCCAGUCGUCGCUGCUCCCGAGGCGGAUGGCAGCAGCGGUGAUGAUACCGAGGCGGAGGAAUGUUCUGCCUGUCAUUAGGGCGGUUGCCGUGGCUCCGCCCGCCCCGGCGCCGGCGAAGCCAGCAGCCGUGAGGAGCCGGCCCGUGUCGGUCACCAUGGCCAAGCUCAUGGCUAAGGGCAAGACAGCGCUCAUCCCGUAUAUCACCGCCGGUGAUCCUGACCUGGCCACAACGGCAGAGGCGCUGCAUCUCCUGGAUGCCUGUGGCGCCGACGUCAUUGAGCUCGGCGUGCCGUGCUCCGACCCCUACGUGGACGGUCCGAUCAUCCAGGCUUCGAGUGCGAGGGCUCUCGCUGGCGGUGCCACAAUGGACGGCGUGCUGGCGAUGCUCAAGGAGGUGACGCCGGAGCUGUCGUGCCCUGUGGUGCUCUUCUCGUACUACAGGCCUAUCUUAUGUCGAGGGUUGGCCGAAAUCAAAGAAGCCGGUGUACACGGUCUUAUAGUGCCUGAUCUCCCUUAUGUAGCCGCGCAUGCAUUAUGGAGUGAAGCCAAGAAGAACAACCUCGAGCUGGUGCUGCUCACAACACCAGCCAUACCAGAAGAAAGAAUGAAGGGAAUCACGAAAGCUUCGGAAGGUUUCAUUUACCUGGUGAGCGUCAAUGGAGUUACAGGUCCCCGUGAAAACGUGAACCUGCGGGUUGAGUCCCUCAUUCAAGAGAUAAAAAAGGUUACUGACAAACCUGUUGCUGUUGGCUUUGGCAUAUCAAAACCUGAACACGUAAAGCAGAUUGCAGGAUGGGGUGCGGAUGGGGUGAUCAUUGGCAGUGCGAUGGUGAGGCAGUUGGGUGAAGCAGCUUCGCCCAGAGAAGGAUUGAAAAGGCUAGAGGCAUAUGCGAGGAGCAUGAAGAAUGCACUACCAUGAUGAAGUGUGUGGAUGGACACAGCACCAGUAAUAAAUUGAUCGGAAGCCCAGUAAUAAAGCUACUCCGACUAGAUCAUCAAUAUGUUAUCAGCAUGUGGAGUUAAAAUCGGAGUACUACCGUGUUUCCAGUUCAGCGAGUAGAUCGUCAUUGUAUCAUUAGCCUUUGGCCGGCCGGUGAUGGUCCUGAGUAACUAGUUCACCGGUUACAGCAAGUUGGAAUAAGCCGUGUAUAUACAAAAAUGUGCUUGAAUCCAUGACUCGGCAAAUAAAACAAGAUGUGCUCAUGCU